GUAGGAAAGUAACUUUUAAGAUAAGAGCGAUAAGGAUUUUAAAAAAAGGUUUGGUAGCCCUACUCAAGAAGAAGUAUUAAUUUAUAAAUGAGCGUGUUUUCUUCUUUUGAAGGCCAGCCCCAGCUUGUAUACGGCAUUUCAGCUUGUCCUCCGCAGUUUUUAAAUACUUUUAAUAAGGCCGUUAACACUUUAGACGUGAAAUUAUCACCUGAUUUAAAUACUUCUUUGAAUUAUGAGAAUUUUUGCGAAAAUAAAAACCAAAAUAUCGUCCCAGAAUUACAACUUAUGUUGGAUGAACUCCCCGCUAGAAAACAAUGCCAGGCCAUCUCCAAUGCCAUCAUAGCUAACGAUUGUAAAACGUUAGCUUUGAUCCUAGCCAGAGUUACUCUAGCUAACUUGAAAGAUUUUAGAAUUUUGCCCUUAAUAUUAGCAGCUAAACUUUGUAACACUAAAGCUUUAGCUUUGCUAUUGCAGAAGAAUAUGACAGACGUCAACUGCCAAGAUGAACGAGGUUGGACGCCGUUACAUUGGUCGAGUGUCUUAAACAAUAUGGAAGCAGUUUUUAUUCUCUGCAAAGCUGGAGCUGACGUAACAGUACGAACGCGAGGAAACCAAACUGCAAAGGAGCUCGCAUUACUUCGUAAAAGAUUAGAAGUGGCACAAUUUCUGGCUAAAGAAGAGCUUCAAAGGCAAAAACCACCGCAGGAAGACCUAAAAAUUUCCAAAAGCAACAAAGAAAAUAACCCAAAGCAAAGUUCUAGUCAAACGAAUCGGCUAAAUUUUCACCCACCGCAAUUAAAAUUUCACAGAAAAAGUUUUGGAGAACCGAAAGUUUGUGUGGAAGAGCAAGAACAGAAGUCGAAUGCCAAUAAUAAAAAACGUGUUUGCUUAGAAUGUAAAAGCAUUAAGACUCCACAAUGGAGGCGGGGCCCUGAUGGGAUGGUUAGUUUAUGCAAUGCUUGUGGUUUAAAGUUUAUGAAAUAUAAAAGAAAAGAUCAAGAGUUUCUAGAUCCGUUUGUUGCUUUAACAUUGGAAAAACAAAAUUAG